UCAGAUCCCUCUUUAAAACCUCCCCAUCCCUCAAAUUUCUCUCCUCAGCUUCUUGUAAUGGAUUCCAUUUCCGCUCGCUUUCUGUUCGUUGCUUUCGUCAUCUUCUUUGCUCUCUCCGCCAUUUCUUUUGCUCAGGUGUCUGGACUUGAAGUUGAGGAGGAAUCGGGUGGGUCAGUCAAAGAUCUCGGUCGCCGUGGCAUGAUUGUUUCAAAGAACGUUGAAUUAGAUGAAAAGUCUGAUAGUAAUUCAAUUGGUAUCGAUGUCGGUUUUGAUUCGGCUGGUCUUGGAGUCUUCGAUGCUUUCUUUACAAGUUUGUCCAUGAUAAUUAUCAGUGAGAUUGGAGAUGAGACAUUUAUUAUAGCAGCUCUUAUGGCGAUGCGACACCCGAAGUCAAUUGUUUUAUCUGGUGCGCUAACUGCUCUGAUUGUUAUGACAGUACUUUCCACUGCACUAGGUAGGAUUGUGCCAAAUUUGAUAUCGAGGAAGCACACCAAUAGUGCAGCUACGGUUCUCUACGCAUUUUUUGGGCUCCGGUUACUUUACAUUGCUUGGAGAUCAGAUUCAAUGGCAUCUCAGAAAAAGGAAAUUGAAGAAGUGGAAGAGAAACUCGAGACUGGGCAAGGGAAAACAUCUUAUCGGCGCUUCUUCUCCAGAUUUUGUACACCAAUAUUUUUGGAGGCAUUCAUUCUAACGUUCCUAGCAGAAUGGGGGGAUAGAAGCCAGAUUGCAACAAUUGCUCUAGCGACGCAUAAAAAUGCAGUCGGAGUAGCGGUAGGAGCGACAUUAGGACACACCAUCUGCACAUCAUUGGCUGUGGUGGGAGGAAGUAUGCUGGCGGCCAAGAUCUCGCAAAGCACCGUUGCUACAGUUGGAGGCUUACUCUUUCUAGGCUUUUCCCUGUCUUCAUAUUUCUACCCUCCCCUAUGAUUGUAAGCUGCCUAACAUCAUUUUCGUGUUCUUGUUUUGCUCUUUGGUCAUAUGAACACCGGAAGAUCGUUCUUCUGCUUUGCUUCGCCUUUGCAAACAUAACUAACUUAUAGUGUAAAAUUAGAUUUAUAAGA